UUUCUGAGAUCACUGAGAUCUCUGUCUCAUUUGAUCACGCAAACACAUUGACGCUUCUACAGGCAAAUAAAGAUUCAAAGACUAAAAUGUAUGAAACGAAAAAAAAAUUCAGAUCCAAGCGAACAAAUCAACCAAACAAAACAACAGUCACUGAAGAGAAAAAAACAAAAAUCAAACACAACAUAUCAGAAUAGACCGAAUCUGAAGCGAUUAUCGACUCAGAGACACAUAUUCCUCGUUCUAUCAUGUAUAAUACAUCGAUCAAAGCGAGAUUUAGAAAAUGUAAAAUUCUACGGAUAAAAGAAACUGAGAAAGAUAAUUGAACCAUCACCGUCUUUGUCGAAGAGGCUAAAGGCUUCCUUGAACUCGGCGAUCUGCUCGGCUGUCAGUUGAUUAUAAGAGAUGAGCGUGAGAGAGAUGAAGAGAUCGCGAUUUCCAGAGACAUACUAACCCAUUUAUACCUGAUAUCGCCGAUGGAAACAACAAACUGAAGAACUCGUAGUGUGCAUCUGAUUAAUGAGAUUAAAGACGUAGAAAUCAUAACGUGAUCUGUUACAGAAACAUGGAGGACACUCGAUCGUCACAUCUCCCUGAAUGAAGAGUAAUGAAGAACACACAUUUUUCAUCCCCACAGAUUAGGGUUAGCGCAAAGCAAGGUGGUCGCUGGCCGAAAAUGAAAACUUAAGCCCAAUCUUUAGACAAACCAAACGGUAUGCAAAUAAAUGAAACAUAUCGUUUAAUGAAGUGGACAGGUGGACACGUUGGGAGAGAAAGGAAAUACAACUUUAUAUAUAUAGAUUUUUAUUUUUAUUUUCUUUUGCAAUUAAUUUUUCUCUUUCUAAAAAAUCACAGGUAUUAAAAGCAUAGCAUUAUGACCCAUUGUAAAAGAACAUCAAAUGUUUAGCGCGGAACUUUAAGAGGGUUUUUAAAAAUAAAAAGUGAUUUAAUUAAAUGAAAACUAAAACAAUAGGCUGUUACAGAUCUUUAGAGAAGGAUUUUGGUAACCGUUUUAAAGGGGUUUUUCGAACACGUGUAAGCACAUGAAAUUUUCUUAUUUUUUCCUUUUUUCCUUUUCUCUCUUUUCUUUUCUCUUUGUUCUUUCUUUCUCAACUUCUCCGUCAAUAGCCGAACGAAACCGUCAUUCGUCUUCGUAAGAAGUCUUCGAAUCAGAGAGAAGAUGACAGUGAUCGACAUUCUAACCAGAGUUGACACGAUAUGUAAGAAGUACGACGUCGACAAACAGUGUGAGUCCAACAUCUCCGGCGACGAUGCUUUCGCUCGUCUCUACGGAGCUUUCGAGACUCAGAUUGAGACCGCUCUCGAGAAAGCUGAGAUUGUAACCAAGGAGAAGAACAGAGCUUCUGCUGUUGCGAUGAACGCAGAGAUCCGCAGGAUCAAGGCUAGAUUGGACGAGGAAGUUCCCAAGUUGCAGAGACUUGCUCUCAAGCGGUAAUUACAUUGAGAUGAUAGUGCAUUGACAAGGAAACAAGGAGAAACUGACUUGGUUGAGCUCUGUUCCGAGGGUUCUUAAUCAAAUAGUCAAUAUGGCCAGUCAAUUCAGAUCGUAAGUGGAAAGGUAGUGGACUUGGGAGUGGAAGUGUUGUUUGAUCACGGACUGAAAUUUUGCAUGUUUGAUUGACAGAGGUGAAAUUUCAGUUCACCAACCAGUUUUCUGUCAAACAUUAUCAAAUAGUAAAAUGAAAUCAAUAACUUUUGACUUUAAUAAAAAGAAGGCUCUCAUUCAUUUG